AUUUGUCGAAUUGAGAUACAGGAACAGAAAUCGUAGAAGUUCAAAUUGGUGGAUGCUCUUGAACGCAUCUCACUGACGUAACUUGCACUGCAACAAGGAAGACGUCGCCGUGCUUGUUGUCCGCCGGUUUCAGGCAGGAUGUCACGGGCGGGCGAAGAGGAAGUCGUAGAGAGGUUUCUGGACGCGGCGUCUCGGGGGGACGCCGCCCAGGUGACGUCCUUGCUGGCCGCCGUCCCGUCUCUGCUCGAGCGGACGGACCCGAGAGGAUGGACGGCGCUCAUGGUCGGCGCCAGGAACGGACAUCAAAACGUGGUCCAAACGCUACUCCGACAUGGGUGCGACAAGAGUUCGGUGAUCAGCGUUGGUCAAAGCGCGUCAGACGUGGCCAAGUUCUGGGGUCACCAAAAUGUCUCCGUCCUAUUGGGCGACGUCGACGCGGAAAGCCGCGAGAACUACUUCGGCCGUGAGCCUCUGGACCGUCUGAGCGCCAAGCGCACUGACAGCGUGUGGCUGGACGACAGGAAGAAGCAUCCGGAGUCGGUCUUUCUGCUCUUCUCCGGCCUCAGCCCCAUGAUCUGCCGGGACCAGCAGGGAGCGCAGCAUUUGUGUCGUUUGGGCUACGACGCCGUCAAAGAUCUUGUGGACCGGUCGGAUGCCUCGUUGGUCUUCCUGGGCGUGGAGAGGAGAAGCGGUGGGAAAAGCUCGUCCGAGGAGCUCCCGGCCUGGUUUGCCCUCAGCAGCGACGAGGACGGCGCCGCGCUGCUCGAGCGCUGCCCGCACUCCAAGGGGAAGUGCUCCUUCGCGUCCUCGCCGCAACGCGACCUGCUCAACCUCAGCGACGACGACGCCGGUGUGCUGGCUCCGGCCCGCGCACUGCUGGCGUGGCACCGCCGUUACGCUUUCUGCUCCACGUGCGGUAGCGCCACCGUCUCUGAGGAAGGAGGGCACAAGAGGAGCUGCCGGAAUCAAGAGUGCCCCAGCAACAAGGGAGUACACAACACCUGCUACCCCCGCACUGACCCCGUCGUCAUUAUGCUGGUGGUCCACCCCGACGGCAACCAGUGUCUCCUGGGCCGGAAGAGCGUCUUCCCCCCCGGAAUGUUCUCCUGCCUGGCUGGCUUUGUGGAACCUGGUGAGACGCUGGAAGCGGCAGCGCGGCGUGAGGUGUGCGAGGAGAGCGGCGUGGGGGUGGGCGCCGUCCGCUACGUCUCCUGUCAGCCUUGGCCCAUGCCCUCGCAGCUCAUGAUCGGCUGUCUGUGCGUCGCCGUGACGACGGACAUCAGCGUGGAUCGUGACGAGAUAGAGGAGGCCAGAUGGUUUCCGCGGCAACAGGUGAUGGAGGCGCUGUUGGGUGGAGGAUCCCGCCCGGAACCCGCCCACGCGGGCCUCGUCAUCCCACCCAAACAGACCAUUGCGCACCAGCUCCUACGACAUUGGAUAAGCACUGGCGCCAACCUAUGAACUUUGACUGCAGAGUUUCAAAGACCAGUUGAUGUGUAAAGAGCGUCGUGAAUACCAGAUAACAUUUCAACACCAUCAGUAAAAAAUAUAUACAUUUACAGUUUCUUGUAUUUAAAAAAAAGAAAUCUCUCACUUUAUUUGUCUCAAUAUAAAAGCGUCACAUACUUCUUCAGUGUCUACACUGGUUCUUUAAUCUUUAAUUUUUUUGACUGAAUAAAGGAAUGAAUUUAAAAGCAAAAUUCAAAAACAUUGCUCCAUAUAUUUUCCCCCAUUUUUUAAAAAUGUUUUUGUUCACGCGACAAAUAUAAGCGAAUGACUCAAAGAUGUCCAAAAGAAAGGUAUAGAAACAGUUAUGCAGUAUAUAAAAAGCUACCAAUAAAGUCACCCUUCUGUUCCAUAAAAGUGCGAAGCCGCCAUCCUUGAAUUUGAAUCAGUUUCUUGAUUUGUAGUCCAAUCGAGUUCUUGUGCAGGAGAACACAACCUCCCAGACAUUGUCAGUAGAGAUGCAGUUUUCCUUCACCAUCCUGUCUAAAGGUCCACUGACAGCCGUGGAGAGCGU